AUGGCGGCCAACAUUGCUUUUGCAUCGUGCGGCCUUGUCCUGUUUCUGCUGGUAGGCAGCGCCUAUGGUGCUUUUGAGAUGGUGAAUGCUCCAUUUGGAGUCGUUUCCACAGGUGACGCCACCUUUUACGGGGAUCAGCAGGGGAAUGGCGUAGACGGUGGAAAUUGCGGCUACUUGGGACUGAGGCGUAAUCUUGGUGAUCUAAAACACCAGACAUAUGGUCUCCAAAUCAGCGCUGCCAGCUACCCUCUGUGGCAGGAUGGAGCUGGCUGCGGUGCUUGCUACAAGGUCAAGUGUAUUAACUCCACCUUCUGCCACGACAAAGAGAUGGUGGUUACCAUAACCGACUUCUGCCCUGACCAAGGCUGGUGCGACCCCUGGAAGUACCACUUCGACCUCGGCGGCGCAGCGUUCCCCCAGCUUGCGCAAGUCAAAGCCGGCCACUUUCCACUCACCUAUGAGAGAGUCCCCUGCCCCCGCCAAGGCCCCAUCGUGCUCCGGGUUAUGGGUAACCCGUACUGGUUAUCCAUCCUCUCCGAGAACGUGGGCGGCGCGGGCACGACCGAUGCCAUGGAGGUUCAGACGGACGGUAACCCGGAUUGGAUCAGCAUGACGCACGACUGGGGGGGCUACUUCAAACUCACCGGGCAGAGCUUCCCGGGGCCCCUCUCUGUGCGGCUGACUCAGAAACUGACCGGGGCACAGGUGGUCCUCAAGAACUGCAUCCCGGCCAACUGGGUCCCCAACACCGAGUACACCUGCGACGCCAACUUUGGCGACAGCUCAUCCACCUCCGCUGACGUCACCCCCUCCCCUGACGUCACUUCCGCGACCGCCGCCCCGGCGAUCCCCGAGCAGCCCCAAACCCCCGAGCCCAUCCUCAUCCAAACCCCGGCCCCGACUGAUCCCCAGACCCCCGCUCCGACAGACGCCCAAACAGCGGCACCCACUAACCCACCCCGAAUUCCUUCUCCGACCGACGCCCAAACUGCGGCACCCACUAACCCACCCCAAACCCCUUCACCGACCGAUGCCCAAACCGCGGCACCCACUAACCCACCCCAAACCCCUUCCCCGACCCCUGUGAUCGCCUCGGUUGUAGAGACCGGUGCGCCGACCGAUGCGCCCGCGUCCCCCGCCCCGGUCACGACGACGAUCUUGGAGGAGCCGACGGGCGCCGCUGACGUCACCGGAGGCAACUGCAUCUCGUGGGCGCAGGGGCAGAGCCACCGGCGGCUGUUGGACUCGUCGACGGUUCAGCUGUGCACUAAGGUCGUCACCGAGUGGACCGAAGGCGACGGCACCCAGGUCGCGCAGUACCAGCUGAACCUGAUCAACAGUGGGAACGCGCCUCUAACCGGCAUAACCAUGGGCCUGACCAACUUUAACCCGUGGUACAACCAGUACUGGAAGUUUGAUUACAACAACUCGACUCAGACCGCAACUCUGCCUGAUUGGCAAGUGGCGCUCGCGAGCGGCCAGACCUUCAAUUUUGGGUACAUUCAGGCGGGCGCGAGCGGGGCAACUUUCUCGAUACAGGACGUGCAGUUUGCGGCGUUGGCAAAGAGGCGCUCCCGUUAGAUGUGGCGUUUACUAGUGGGCGGGGAACGAGUAGGAGACCUGUUGCAGAGACUGAGUAGAAAACAACGCUGUACAAUACUCCAGAAAUGCCGAUCGAGCCAACUGUCCUGUCAAAAUGACGCUUUAUAACCUAGCAUCAAAUCUAAAGUAUAGCAAUCGGAACAGCACCUAAGGUAUUUGAGGACAGUAUGGAAAUUGAGUGCAUCAGAACCUUGGCCUCGAUGGACCCUGUAGUUCAUCUCGAUCGUACUGCUUGACUUGUUGUCUUAGGUUGCCAAACAAGGUCAACGCAUAGUCCUAGUUACAACGCAUAAUCCUCG